CGUAGAACACACAAUACGAGUAAACGAAAGUAGCGAAAGUAAGUUAUUUUCAGUCUGGCAUAACCGACUAAACGGCAUGAAGCCACGUUACAAUAACGUUUGAUGUGACAGAAAGUAUUACUCCAUGGAUAAUUUCAUGUUCCCACAGAUUCCAAAAUACGAAGCAGUGGAUUGGAGGUAUGUCAUGAGGAGACAGAUGCAGGAGAUUGUACCAAAUCUGUAUCUGGGACCAUAUGCAGCAGCUAUGAAAUCACAGCUCCCUUCCCUACAGCAGCAUGGCAUCACACAUAUAGUGUGUAUCAGACAAAGCAUUGAAGCCAACUUUGUAAGACCAAACUUCCCCGAGUAUUUUCGGUAUCUUGUGUUAGACAUAGCCGACUGUAUUACAGAGAAUAUCAUCAGAUUCUUUGCACAGGUUAGAGAUUUCUUAAAUGACUGCUUCCAAAGAGGUGGAAAGGCACUUGUACAUGGAAAUGGUGGUAUCUCCAGAAGUGCUGCAUUAGUGAUAGCUUUUAUAAUGGAAACAUACGGAUUAUCAUUCCGUAAUGCGUUUAUUUAUGUACAACAAAGGCGAUUCUGUAUAAACCCAAACGAAGGCUUUGCCCAACAGCUAAUGGAAUAUGAACCUAUCUAUAGAGCGAAAUUGAACUUCCAAUUCGGUGACAAAUCAAGAGAUAAUUCCUACCUCAAAAGAAAACAUCCCGAUGAUGACGAUUCCUCAGAUGAUGAAGUCAAAGAAAUGAAAUGAUGGUUGAAACACAACAGAAGAAGGAGGAGAAUGGAAGCUACCUGCUCAAGCGGAGAGAGUCUGUUUGGGCGAAUGUGGCCUAACAGACUGUAGGGGAGAGAGUCUGUUUGGGCGAAUGUAGCCUGUCAGACUGUAGUGAACGACGGUAGGUUGAGGGCCUACAAAAUAAUAACUCAUCCAGCGUGGUCAUGGAAGGCGUAGAUCCUUGCUGAGAAAUAAACCAAGAAGAAAAACCAUAUUCCAUACAUCACGACAAAAUGACUUUCUUUCCUUUUUCUGUUCUUACUUUGUGCCUGUUCAUCAUAUUACACUGUGGGAGUCUUUGCUAUCCGUCUUCGCCCGUCGUCCGUUAACAUUUUUCAUUUUAAACUUCAGCUGAAAUACUGUCAUAGGGAUUUCAUUGAUACUUAAUGG